ACCAAAAGCCCCAAGCUGCGGCGAGCCAGCGGGCAUCCCCUUCCCCAGUCCACGGCUGCACCUGCACGCACCGCCCUAAACGUCCACGCACUCACGUUAAGGCGCACGCUUCUCCGCAACCUUCCCAGCACUUUCCCCUCCGUCUCCAGCGCCUGGUCUCCGCCUCCCGCGCGCGCCCGAUGCAGAUGCCGCCGUCGCGGCCGAUCUGACGCCAUCGGUCGCCGGCCAUGAGGCCUCGCCGCCGGGCCCUCUUCCCGUUGCACAGCGCAGGCGCUGGGGCCUGCGGUGACCCGUGGGCCGACUGCCAGACACCACCGCCGGUUCCCAGCACUCCUGAUUCCGGCCCUGGCCCUUCCCCAUCGCUGCCUCCCUAUGGCGAUCUACCGUGCCCUCCCGUUUUGUCGCCGUCGCCGUCUCCGUCGCCUGCUCCCGCGCAUAACGGUAGGAGGAACCAGGGAGGGACGCAGGGAUACGGGCCCCCACCCGGUGCAGGCGACCACGACCGACGGCACCUCGUCAAAUACGCGCUCAUCGCCGCCGGGGUGUUCGCCUUCGUAUGCCUGAUCCUGCUCGGCGUCUCGGUGGCCGUGCGGCGCCGGCAGGUCCGGCGGAGGCGGCAGGCGCUCCUCGCACCGCCUAUCCCAUUCCCCGAGGGCGCGGCGAACGUCGGCGGCGGCGGCGGGCACGACCACGGGUGGGACGGCGCAGGCGGGGUGGUGCACCACGUCUGGAACAUCCGGACCGUGGGGCUCGACGAGGCGUCCAUCAGUUCCAUCGCCGCCACGCGGUACCGCGCCGGGGCGGGGCUCCUGGGCGCGGCUGACUGCUCCGUCUGCCUCGGCGAGUUCCAGGACGGCGAGCUCGUGCGCCUGCUGCCCAAGUGCGCGCACGCGUUCCACGUCCCCUGCAUCGACACCUGGCUCCGCGCGCACGUCAACUGCCCCGUCUGCCGCUCCGACGUGCUCGACCCCGCCGUCACGGCCGACUCCGGAGGAGGCGGCGAGUCCAGCUCCAGCCCGCCGCCAGCUGAUCCGGACGCGAGUCCCAACGGCGGACCAGAUCAUGUUGGCGCGGCGAGCGACGCAGCCCCGGAUCACGAAGGAGAGGAGAGCGACGGCCUAGACGCUUCGCCCGCACGAGAGGACCAGCAAGAGCGACCCAGCUCCGCACAGCCGCCGCCGCCGCCAGAACUCUUGUGUGCGCUGCCGCGUAACGUGCGGCGCGCGGCAUCCAUGGAUGCCGUGGCGGUGUCAACUGCGGCGAGUGUCGCGGAGCUAGACCGGCUGCCGGAAGUAGCAGCUCCUGAAGAGGAGCAGAUCGGUGGGAGGCGGAAGCGCUGGACGGGCCCGUGCCCGUCCCGCCCGAAGGCAUCGGGUUCGGGGCACCGCAGCAACCUCAGCACCGACUGGCUGCUGGCUCCCAGCGGCGUCCCGAGGUCCUUCUUCUCGCGCCAUUCCCGCGCUCGGAGCUCGGUGCUGCCAUUGUGAGUGAUGGCGGUCUCUGGUGGUACUCGAGCCGAAUUUUGCUCGCUGCUGCUAAUAACGUUUGCUGCUGCCUGCUGGUCGUUGGAUCGACGGCCGCGAUCAGUACGCCCUUAGCUUAUGCUUGUGAUCUCUAAAAUGAGGUUAGAAGUUGAUGAUCGGAUCCAGGAAUUGGAUGUUUGCAACUCGAGAAAUGUAUACUGUACAGCCCUGUUAUUCUCUGCAGAUCGGAUCCAGGAAUGCUCGUUUGAUGAU